AUGACUGCCAAACCCAUCGUCCUUCACAUUGGCGACGCUAUCAAAUACAAUCACGAUUUCUUCAACAACGAAUUUACUUCACGCUUCAAUGUCAUCCAAGCCACAGAAACAGACCGUGAUACAUUUAUACAGGCUUUGAAAUCCAAAAAAUACGGCGAUUUCUCAGCCAUCUUUCGCCCUCACUUCCAAACGGGUGGUUUCAUGGGCCAAUGGGAUACCGAACUCAUUUCUUUACUACCACCCAGUGUGCGUAUUUUCGCAUCCGCGGGAGCAGGCUUUAACUGGGCAGAUGUCGAUAUCCUAGGCCAGAAGAAGAUCUGGUACGCCAACGGCGCCGGGGCAUCGGAUGAAGCCGUCUCCGACACAGCGCUGUAUAUGAUUCUAAGUGUAUUCCGGAACUUCACUCGCUCACAGCUAGCUGCACGUACAGCCCAACCAGAGAAGUUUACAGCGACACAUAAACUUAUUGCGACUAUCUCACAUAACCCACGUGGCCACGUACUGGGCAUUGUGGGAUUUGGAAACAUUAGCAAGAAGCUCGCUUUUAAAGCGCACGUGGCCUUGGGGAUGAAGAUCCAUUACUUUGAUGUCGUGCGUGCAGAUUCGCGGGAGGAGGAAGAACUGGACGCCACUUAUCAUGCCUCUUUGGAUGAUCUUCUGAAGGUAGCGGACUGCGUGACACUACAUACGCCAUUGAAUAAGCAUACGCUAGAUUUGAUUGACGUCAAGGCUUUGUCUUUGAUGAAGCCUGGAAGUCGACUUGUGAAUACUGCCCGGGGUCAGAUUGUCAAUGAGGAUGCUUUGAUCCAGGCUCUGGAAAGUGGACAUCUUUCCGCUGCUGCAUUGGAUGUGCAUUACCAUGAGCCGCAGGUGUCGUCAAAGCUGGCUAGUAUGGAGAAUGUUACCUUGACUACGCAUAUCGGUGGUGGUGCGCUAGACACGAGAAUAAAUUUUGAGCUGAAUGCCAUGAAAAACAUCAUGCAGGUGGUUGGACAGAAUGGCGAGUUUUUGGGGGAACCGAUUACACCCGUGAACAGAGCAGCGUUCAAUGCGGCGAAUUAA